AUGGAAGCCGCUGAAGAUAUUAUUUCCGACUCAGUCAUGUCAGACAUCGUCUCAGAUGCCACCGUGACCUCAACCACCGUCGUAGCAACAAACACAGUCACCGUCACUUCCGCUACCGCAUCCACUGCCAAGGCAUGUCAUGGUGCCAUUUCCAAGAUCCUAACCCAAAUGGAUGACUACACUGGUAGUCCAAUGGUUACUAAAUUUUUCUUGACAGGUAUGGUUACCUUGGUUCUCGCUGGUGUGCUGCAUACCUUCUUUGGCAGAGGGGACUUCCUUGAAAAGGAACCACCUGCUCACAAGAAAGUGUCACCAAAAUUAGAUGAGAAACCAAUCCCAUUGACUUUGGAGGACAAGAUUGAAAACAUUCAAUUAAGAUUUGCAAACGAGUACCGUGUCCAAAUUGAAAAUUUAUUGACCACUUUUAAUGGUGCUGUUGAACAAGAUGUCUACAAUCGUAACUUUUAUAACGAGAUGCUGUUGAAAUUGUUGAUUGAAUUAGAUGACGUCGAUUUAACUGGUGUAUCAACUGAUUUGAAAACAUCUUUGAAGGAAAAACGUAAGGUUGCCAUCAAGGAAAUCCAAGAUUAUUUGAAGAAAUUAGAUGGCUUGAAAUCUGAGAAUUAA